CUGUAAGUCUUUUACAUGUUUCUUGUGGCAAGAAGUUUUGCCCCAAUUAACUCGGGGACAAGAAGUCAUUUUGGAUUCAAUUAUGAUAAACAGGGAAGGGAUUGGAAAGUAAGGUGCGGUGAAAGACAAUCGCCCAUUGCACUGUGGUCAUGCAAUGCGAUUACAUGUGAUGUACCCAAACUGAAGUUUCUGAAUUACCAUAAGAGCCUGUGUGAUCCUUUGUCGGUGAUCAACAAUGGGCUAACUGUUCUCAUGCGGAUACCCAAGACCGUCGACGGCAGUCGGCCCUCCAUUUGCAUAAGUACUGAAGGCCAACAGGUCUUCGAGGCCGACCAGUUGCACUUUCACUGGGGCUCCGCACUGAGCAAGGGAUCGGAGCACUGCUUGGAUGGCAACUAUUACGAUGGGGAGGUGCACAUCGUUCACAAGAAUGCCAGUUACAAAAGCAACAAGGAGGCCGGUCUGCAGCCGAAUGGCUUUGCGGUUUUGGCCCUGCUCAUAAGGAAUCUUGAGGAUCCGAUCGAGACGCCAGCAAUGAAUAUGAUCUGCAAACAGGUAUCCAGCAUAACUAAGUUGGAUGAUUCGUGUCCUCUGGAGGACAGUAUGGCUCUGCAAGAUCUGUUUGUAAGCAUAGAUAGCCAAAAAUACUUCACCUACCAAGGUUCGCUUACCACUCCUCCUUGCGCCGAGGCAGUCAUCUGGUUUGUUUUCCCAACUCCUCUCGAUGUCCCCAAAGAGCUGUGGAAGCACUUUUGGCAACUGAGGGACUCUCGCGACCAGCGCGUCCUUAACACCUACAGGGAACUACAAGAUGGCCAUGACCGACCAGUUUAUAGAAGUAAAGGAAAAUAAGUGUUUUAGUCAAGUGAA